UUGCCCUGCUAGGCUGCGUCUCACCACGCUCAUCACGGCGGCAAGUCGCGAUUGUCAACUUCGACGGCCGUUGCAAGGCAAGCACUGCUGCUCCCUGCCCUUGCACCAACUGCCCACGGCGAUCGCCAGUCCCGGUGCCAAGCGGCCUGCUCCUCAUCCACUUGACCUGCGCAGGCGCCAGUGUGGACUGCCAGAACCCGUCUCGUCGAAGGGCCAUUAUAAAAACAUCUGCCUGGCCAGCUCUGCUCUCGCAUCUUGUCAACCUCGCGCCGAUCCCGCAUAAGAUCUUCGCGCAGGACUCUUGCCUGGGAGCCACAUCUGGCAAGGCAGCAAAGCCAUCAGUCUCGCGCAAUCACCAGAGGCACUGGACGGUACCAUAAGCAAAAUGGCAGGCUUGUUUCGCAAGGUUUACGACUGGCUGCUUCGCACCUUUUGGGCGACUGAGAUGGACGUGACCAUGAUCGGCCUGCAAAACGCCGGAAAGACCUCGUUACUGCGCGUGCUCUCGGGCGGAGAGUUCACAAUCGACUCUAUUCCUACCGUUGGUUUCAACAUGAAGCGCGUGCAGCGGGGUCACGUCACUCUGAAAUGCUGGGACCUCGGCGGCCAGCCUCGGUUUCGACCCAUGUGGGAGAGAUAUUGCCGUGGCGUGGAUGCGAUAGUCUUCAUCGUCGACAUUGCCGAUGUCGACCUCCUGCCCACGGCCAAGGACGAGCUGCAUGCGCUGAUGGAGCAGCAGAGCCUCGAGGGGAUCCCGUUGCUCGUGUUGGGCAACAAAUCCGACUUGGCAAAUGGCAUUAGUGUCGACGAGCUCAUCGACACUCUUGACCUGAGAAGUAUAGGACACCGCGAGGUGUCAUGUUAUGGAAUCAGCGCGAAGGAGGAAACAAACCUUGAUGCUGUUCUCCAAUGGUUGAUGAAGUGGGCGAACAGAUGACCGCUACCUGUGUGACCACGGCGGGGGCGGAAUCUCCAUGGUCCUUCGCGCAAAACUCGCCAGUUGCAGUUCAGCAUGCCAUACCACCCGUGCGGGCCGUUCAUGGGCUGCGAUGUUGGGACCACGGAGCUGGCAGCGGGUUGGGAUAUACAAGCCGGUCGGCAACGACUUGUAGUGGAUGUUUUUUUUCCGGCGGUCAGAAUGCGCACUGUUGGCAGCCCU